AUGAGUGGAUAUCUCUGGAAGCAUUACUUUGAAGAUGAUGUCGAUAGCUUUCGACAUGUCUUGGAAUCUGCCGCCCAUACUUCACGUACAGGAGCACCGAAAGGUCCUGCUGGCCGACAGGGUGGAGUUCAUGGUGCCGGGUUGAACAACAGUCCUGCGAGCUACGGAGCCUCGCCACUUCUAGGCGCCAAAGGGAGGAAGAUACCCGGUGGCGCUGGUUUGACGUUGACCCGUUCGGAUAUCAACAGUCGCGAUGGCAUGGGCAUGACGAUACUACAUCACGCUGCAUCCACUACCACCGAGAAUGCCAUUGGUUUUGCACAGGCUCUGCUUGAGCACCCGCUGGUCGACUUAUACAUUCAGGAUGUGGAGAAUGGUUGGACUCCACUGCAUCGAGCUUUCUACUUUGGAAACAUUGCGAUUGCACGUCUAAUCCUCAAUCGCGAUACUCAAGACAUCCUAGGCUACGGUUCUAUAGGGUUCAAUCAACAUGCUCGAGGUCUCGUUAAGAUCAAGGAUAAGGAAGGUUACGGACCAUUGGAUUUAUUCUCCCUGACCAUCAAGGAUCGCACCCUGAGGCCAGAAGUUGGAUCUACCCCCGAGGACGAUUCCGACGACGAGUUUGCGCAGGGUGACAGUGGUGAUGGGGUCGACGAUUCGCGAAGACGCGUCCUCGCACCGUCAGUUCUUCUCAAUGGCGACGAGGUGUAUACGUUUGGCAGCAACAAGAACGUGACCUUAGGAUUUGGCGACCAAGAUGAUCGUCAGUUUCCUGAGCGUGUCGUCCUACGACGCCCUGAUCAUUUGCUGCAGAGAUUCUAUCGGGAGCAUCGGGAAAUCGAGGCUCAGAAACUCGCUGCAAUAAACAUGAGUCUUCAAGAUUCUGGCUUCCUUCAGCCCUUGGCAGUUACUGACCUCCCAACGCACAUUCGAAAUACACCGCUUGUCAUUCAAGAUGUGCAGAUGUCGAAGCUCCAUACGGCGGUUCUCACGACUGACCCUAUUUCGAACCUCUAUGUGUGUGGACAUGGUCCUGGUGGCCGACUAGGCACCGGAACAGAAACUACACGAUAUCAGUUCACUUGUAUUGAGAGUGGUGGCUUGGGAAAAAAGAAGAUUGCGGCAGUAGCUUUGGGGCAGAACCAUACUCUAGCGAUCACGGAUGAGGGAGAAAUCUACUCGUGGGGCAACAACGCCUAUGGCCAGCUAGGAUAUUCUCUGCCGAAGCCUACUGUUAAAGACGAUGAUCCGAUUUCAACAAUACCUAGGCAGAUAUUCGGUCCUCUGAAACGAGACGCAAUUACAGGUAUCGGAGCCUCCCGAAUUCAUUCGGUUGCACAUACAUCUACAUCUUUGUACACCUUUGGCAAGAAUGAGGGUCAGCUAGGAAUUGUUGAUUCCGAUGCGCGCUCAUUGGAGAUGCAGAUCGUACCACGGAAGAUCGCUGCAUCUUUGUUUUCUUCGCCAAUCAGCUCCGCAUCAGCCAUAGAUGGUGCUACGAUAUGCCUUCUAGAGAACCGUGAAGUAUGGGUAUUUGCUAAUUACGGCUACGCACGAUUGAACUUCCCUCUGGAUGGUUUCACCAACAAUUUCUUGAAAGAAAGUUGGCUCACUACCAAGUACGAUACCACGCCGAACAAAGUCAAAAAGAUAACGUCUGGCGGAGAUACAAUAUGUGCCCUAUCGAGUUCCGGCGAGGUGUUCACAGUUGCAGUAAGCCGCCGCUCCGAAGGCGGCCAAGAUGCCAGUACGUCUACAACUAACCCGAAGCAAAUACGCGAUGCUCUGUCGACACCGAACCGCAUUUGGUCGGCGAAGCAAGGUCACAUGGCUGCUCGAGACGUGGAUGUGGAUCAGGACGGUUCAAUCAUCUUGACUACCGAAGCCGGAAGCGUUUGGAGACGUACGAAGCGAGCAACUAUCAAGAAUACGGCUGCCACUGCUGCGGCUAAGCAGAAGCCCAAAGACUACAAGUUCCAGCGAGUGCCGGGGUUGACGCGGGUUACGGCUGUGCGAGCAUCUGCUUUUGGCGCUUACGCUGCGAUUCGCAGGGAUUGUGAUGUCACCAGGUCCCAGAUUAUGACGGACGAGCCUACACUCUGGAAGGACGUCGCGCCUUUGCUCCCGUUCUAUGAUUUGUCGAACUAUGAGGAGGACUCGAACGACGAGAACCCUCUUCCAAGAUUUUGGCAGCGUCCUUCCGAAGCGCAAUCUCUACGAAAGCGAGUACUAGAGUCGAAAGAUCUGGAAAAGGAAGUGAUGGAGAUGUUGGAACGAACACUACCCUCCUCAGAGAACACUUACGAUAUUCAACUCGGCACGACACUUUCCGACGUUCGCAUACCUGUUCACGAGUUCAUCGUGUCCAGUCGAAGUCGCGUCUUCCGGGAUGCAAUGGCCACUUUCCGUGCCCAGGAUGACGGUCAACUAGACAUUAGCGAGUUGUUAGAGAUCCGAGAGAUCGAUGGCCGUGUAACAGUGAUCUUCCAUGGUUUGGAUUUCCUCACUGUCUUCGAUCUAGUCCUCUAUUCGUACACCGACACUCUUGUUGAUUUCUGGAACGUCACGCGAUAUUACCCUCAGAUGGCAUAUAGGUACCGCACUGUGCGCACUGAACUUAUGAGGUUAGCAACACGACUGGAGCUCCGCCAACUUGAGCCAGCUGUCCGCCAGAUGAUAACUCCAAGAAAGAGUUUGAACCUUGACAUGACAGUGGCUAUCAAAGAAACAUCCUUUUUCGACAGCGGUGAUAUGAUUGUUGAGCUAGAGGAUGGGGAGAUGACGCUCCACUCUGACAUCCUCUGCCAGCGAUGUCCGUUCUUUGAAGGUCUUUUCAGAGGUCGCGCUGGGGGCCAAUGGUUGGCUGGCAGACGCACAGAAGAAUCGCAAUUGGUGCGAAUUGACCUCACCCACGUUGAUUCGCAUGUAUUCGAAUUGGUUGUGCGCCAUCUAUAUACCGAUGCCGGCGAAGAAAUUUUCAACGAUGUCACAAGCGAAGAUCUGAACGAUCUUCUCGCCUUGGAUGAAUUGUUGGACCACGUUAUGGAUGUCAUGUCAGUUGCGAACGAGUUAAUGUUAGAUCGGCUAUCGCAGAUCUGUCAGAAGCUCAUCGGACGCUAUGUCAAUGCACGGAACGUUUGCUCACUCCUCGCGGCCGUUGCACCUAGUUUAGUUGCAGAAUUCAAGGAUGCUGCACUUGAGUAUGUGUGCCUGAGCAUGGAAGCUGUCAUGCAGAACGGAUCUUUGGACGAGCUCGAUGAAGACCUUUUAUCAGAACUGGACCAUGUCGUCCGCGAAAAUCAAUUAGCAUACCUUCCCUUUGCGAGAAGCGGGCGGGCGGAAGCACUUCUAUUCGACAAGUAUUCGGAGCUUGCUGAGAGGAUUGAGCGAGGAAAGCGUGCCAAAGUGGACGCCAUCGUCCUCUCCAAUAAGUUCUCUGAAGCCGAUGGACUCAUUUCAUCGUCUUUCCGGGCGCAAAGCCUAGAAGAGCUCUCUGUGUCCCCCCUUAGACAACGCACCCGCCGGAGAGCAUCCCGAGAAGGGAAGCUAGAAGCUGAGAGCCCCGUUUCGACACCAGCCUUGAAAGCGAAGAGCUCCGUAGCUGAUCUCAUGUUUGAAAUGUCAGAUGGUGACGACGAUGAAGACAUAGAUACCGCCCUUCGCCAACCACAAUUUACGCCAGCAGCGGCGAAGCAGUCGUUCCCUGACCAAAUUGGAUCACCACCAGUACCAUGGUCUAGCGCAAGGGUGGACGAUGGCCAGUCGUCGCUUGCGGCAUCUGACCACAUGUACCCCAGCCUUGGGUCUCAGAGGUCGAAGCCUUCGCGAAACGUUCCUGGAAGGACACCAGAGCGGCCAUGGGGUCCUGCACCCUUGGCGGCAACCAAGCUUGAUCUGAAAGAUAUCAUGUCGCAGACUGCGGUCGGUACCCCUUCAAAUUUGACGCUUGGCCUUUCCCAGCAAGAGAAAGAAAGGAAGGCUUCCGGAUCAGUCCACGCGAAAAUGUCACAAAAGGAGCGAAAACGUGUACAGCAAGCGCAUCAAUUUGGACAGGCGGCGACACCUGAAAGAGCACAGCCUGAUCCGCCCACGGUAUCGCCAUGGCAAGCGAAGUCUCACCGGAAAGUUACUGAAAGCCCUGUCACUACUUCCGCACCACCACCUCUUCAGCCUCCUAGGACUUCGAGCACACCUCAGUUGACAAUGCGUCAAACUGUUGCCAAUCGCGGAGCAAAUUCCAAGCAGAAAGAACAGGACAAGGGCCGUCAACCAUCGCAAUCAACUCCCGGAAACACACCGUCAUCCCAGAAGCUCACCUAUGUUGCCGCUGAUCCAACGAACGCGGACCGGGGCAUGUCAGUCUCGACAACGCCGAUCCCCACGCCUCAGUCUGUUCGUCACAUUCCUCUUCCAUCUCACUCACCAACCUCGCCAAGUCAACACAUGAGUAUGCACGAGAUCCUUUCCCUGCAGCAAGCCGAGAAGGAUUAUGUCCGUGAGGCUGCAGCCAAACGAAGUCUGCAGGAGAUCCAACAAGAGCAGGAAUUCCAGCAGUGGUGGGAUCAGGAGAGCAGGAGAGUCAUCCAGGAGGAGGAGCAUAGAAAGCGCGCCCAAGAGAGGGCAGCUAAAGCUAGCAGGGGCCGAGGAAUGGGUAGGGGUGGGAAGCCCAAAAGUAAAGGCAAGGAUAAGAAGGAGGGUGACGAGCAGGAUCCAGGGAAAGCAAACAGGGAUGUCAAGCAAACACCAUCUGCCCCUGAGACCUCCAAGUCUACACCCACGCCGAAGCAGGAUGGAGCAGACAAGGGAAAGUCGAGAGGGAGAGGAGGUCAGCGGGGUGGCCGUGGUGGUGGACGAGGAGGUCGUCCUUAUGGCCAUCCAAGAGAGGCAUCCACGCCGAUUGUCUCCGCCUCUUCGAAACAAUGA